CAAAAGGUGAGAAGAUAAAAACAAGAGAAAUUACAGCACAAAUGCGAGGAACAUGAUCAGAGUGGGAGCAGAGAUUUAUGCCAAGGCGAGCAUGGCGUGAAUGAGGGUUCAGAUGAUUAGGCACAGAACAGACGGGUAUGGCUGUGGGAAAAAUAACUGUACCUUAGGUAAGAUAGAAGACUCUCUGUUGAGGAGUCAGAUUCUCAAGGAAACAGAAAUCGAGGUGGAUGUUUCGUCUUAUCAACCUUCGCUCACAACAAUCUCAAAUUUGCGUGAGCGCGCCUCGAGGCGCCCUAUACUUCACACGUAUACCCUCUGCUUUCAACCCUUACUUGGGGUGUCUUCAGCCUGCCGUGAGACUUUCCCUCCUUCAUCAUACCAAGCUUUUUCGAACCCCCUUUCAACUCACUCGCCGUCUCAAGCAAGUCGAUCGCUACCAUGGCUCCGGACGUAGCUAAGGAUUUCAUUGUCGUUGGUAUAGACUUUGGAACAACGUAUUCUGGAGUUGCGUGGGCAGAGUGCGAUACGACGGAUAACGUCGAAAUUGAAAUGAUCACGAGCUGGGACACAGACCUGCACGAUUGCUCAGACAAAGAGAAGGCGCCUACUCAGCUGGGAUUUGGCGAUGGCUCAGAAGUACCGUCUUGGGGGUAUGGCAUCCCCCUAGACGAGGACUGUGUGCGGUGGUUCAAACUGCUGCUGCUCGAGGACAGAGAUGUACCCAGCGAGGUCAAGGACUCAGCACAGUACCAACUAGCGAAAUCCAUGGGUGAUAAGCACAAGAAGACAGCUACAGAGCUUGUGGCAUUGUACCUGGGUUUCAUCUGGAGGCACUCCUUGGAAGCCAUUGAGCGCUCGGUCGGCGCGACGCUCGUGCAGCUGUGCAAAUUUCGGGUUGUGAUCACUCUGCCAGCGAUCUGGCCUGCUUAUUCCCAGCAGAAAAUGAUGACCGCGGCCAGAGACUCGGGUAUACUUGCCAAGCGACAAGCUGGUGAGACCAUUCUCAGCUUCAUCUCAGAGCCAGAGGCUGCCGCACUUGCCACACUCAAAGAUCUAUCGACACGCUCGUCCGUCAAGGCUGGCGACACUAUGAUAGUGUGCGAUGCCGGCGGUGGCACAGUGAUUGACAGCAUGGAGCCGUUCGUCGUAAAAGAAUGCGUCAAAGGCGACGGCGGUUUGUGCGGUGGCGUCUUUGUGGACGAUCGAUUCAUCGCAGCUGUAGAGGCAAAAUGGGGUAUUUUGAACUGGGCAAGCGCAAGCCAUGGCGACAAGAAGCAGUUCAUCAACGACAACUGGGAGCGUGGCAUUAAGCCGCAAUUUGCUAACCAGCCUGGCAAGACUUGGAGAGUCGACGUCCCUGACAUGUGCAACUCAGCCGCAAACCCACGGGGCAAGCGCACCCGGACUACAGAGUUCACAUCUGAGGAGAUCCUGGCCAUGUUCGAUCCUUGCAUAGACAGAAUCAUCGAGCUCAUCAAGGCCCAAGGCGACGCUAUCAAGACAAAGAUGAGCACAACACCCACCUACAUUGUUCUUGUCGGAGGCUUUGGCCGUUGUCGCUAUCUAUUCGAUCGAGUCAAGCAGCUUGCGAACGACUACGACGCCGAGGUUCUGCAGUCGAGGGGCAGUAAACCAUGGAGCGCGAUUGCGCGUGGCGCGGUCUUCCACGGGCUGAGCAUCAGCAAUAUCUCGGCGGAUAUGACAUUUACCGUCCGCGCGCGAAUCGCGCGAGCGAGCUAUGGUGUUGUGUACCAGCCAUAUUUCGAUGAGAAGAGACACUCCAGCGCAGACAAGAUAUGGUCUGAUGAGGAGUGCGCUUAUAUGGCCAAAGAGCAAAUGAAGUGGUUCUUGCGAAAGGGUGAAGAGGUGACCGAUGACCGGGUAGUGUCUCAAGAAUUCUACACAGUUUACGAGGCCAUCGGCAAGGAAAGGUCGACCGGCGAUCUAUCAGAAGAUAUAUACGUCUGUUUUUCAGACUCGAUCCCCACCCGCGACAGUGAGACGGUCCAGCCUCUGUGCACGAUCAAAUGGAACAAGGAUAUUCCAUUGCACUCGCUCCGAAAGUGGAAGAACCCAGUGGGAAAGACGUACCGUCAACUGGAAUUGGAGGUCAUGAUGCAGUGCAAAGAUGGUAUCAUGGGCUGGACUGUCAAGUACAAUGGCAAGGCAGUGGGUACCAAGGACGUCGAAGUCAAAUACGACUAA